AUGAAUAUUAAAGAGUUGAUUAAAAAAUUGCCAUUUCUUCUUUUAAUGAAGAUGUCAUUUUCAACAUCUUUUGAAUUAGAAGAAGCCGAAAAUGCAAUUGACAUUAAUGAAAUUUAUGAUCGGACAGUUCCAGGGAAUUAUAUUAUUGAAUAUGAUUCAAAUUUAAUUGAUCUUAUGAAUGCUGAAGAUAUUAAUUCAAACACUGAAGAUGGUUCAAGAGGUAAAAAAUUGAAAGGCUUUUUGAAAGAUGAAGGUAUUAAAGCUGAUAUUAUUGAAGAUUUAUCAUCAAUUUAUUUCUCAGGGGUAUCCAUUGAUAUUAUAAAUGAUAAUUCAACAAUUUUAUCAGAUUUGAAAAAACUUGAUUAUGUUAUUGAUGCUUGGCCUGUUGGAAUCAUGAAAUUGGAAGAUCCACUAUUUGAACCAAAAAAUGAUAAGGAAAUCCGAGGAGAAAAAAUUGGAAUAGAUGAUAAAUUUUAUAAUCCUCAUUUAGCUACAGGUGUUGAUAAAUUGCAUGAAAUGGGGAUAUUAGGUGAAGGUGUUACUAUUGGAGUUAUUGAUUCUGGUAUUAAUUAUAAUAUUGAUUCAUUAGGUGGUGGAAUUGGAGAUGGAUAUAAAGUUGAAUGGGGAUAUGAUUAUGUUGGUAAUUGGGAAAGUGAAGAACCAAUUGCAGAUUCCGAUCCAAUGGAUUGUAUUGGACAUGGAACAUUUGUUAGUAACGUUAUUGUUGGAGAUGGGGAUGAAGAAAGCAAGCUAGGGUUAGGGGUCGCACCCAAAUCUAAGAUUCGGAUGUAUAAAGUAUUUGGGUGUUUUGAUGGUACAAGGACCGAUAUUAUUAUGAGAGCAUUGAUUGAUGCAGCUGAGGAUGAGGUUGAUAUUAUAAAUUUAUCAUUAGGAGCAGAUCAGGGAUAUUCUAGUAUGCCAAUUUCGAAAUUAGCAUCAUCUAUCAGUGAAAGAAUUCCUAUUGUUUAUGCGGCUGGAAAUUCUGGUGAUAUGGGGAGCUUUUUUGCAGCAUCAGGAGCAUCAGGUAAAAAUGUGAUAGCUGUUGGAUCUACGAGUAAUUCCAGCAAAGAGGAAUUAUCAUUUUUUAAGAAUGAAAUUGGGAAAGGAUUUGGAAAAAUGAGUGAAUUUUCAUCUUGGGGACCAACAUAUGAAAAUAACUUUUAUCCAACGAUUUCAGCACCAGGAGGAAAAGUAUUUGGACCAUAUAAUAAUGAAUGGGGGUUUGCAAGUGGGACAAGUUUUGCAGCACCAUAUAUAUCUGGGGUUAUUGGAUUGUAUUUAAGCGUAAAUAAACAAGCCAAACCGAUAGAAAUUAUGAAUAGGUUGGUUUCAAGCAGUGAUGAAGUUCUACUUUAUGAUGGAAAUCAAGUGCUAUUUGAGAAGAUGAUUGCACCAUUGAAUCAACAAGGGAGUGGUAUAGUUAAUGCAAUGAAGUUUAUGGAAUACAAAACCGAGAUAUUGAGCUCAACUUUUAUCGAGUUGAAUGAUACAAGUAAUAGAGUCAGCAAACAUAAGAUUGAAAUUUAUAAUGGGGAAUUGAAUGAAACAGUUUAUGAAGUUUAUCAUGAAGCAGGAGUUACAGUUAAAGCUAGAGAUGAGUUACUAUAUCCAUUGGAGUAUUUCCCAAAAUUUGAACAGGCUGAGGCACAUGUUGAUAUUUCGACAAGUAUUUUGAGAAUUGCAAGUGGUGGAACAGAAAGCAUUGAAGUAGAGAUUGGUGGACCAAAGAGCCGAUAUGAAGAUGGAAGUAUAUUUGGUGGUAAGGUUGUAAUCAGUGGAACUAACAACGAGACGGUGAAGGUACCCUAUAUGGGAGUUGAGCUUUCAAGUUAUAAUUGGACAGCACUAGAGGGCAUGCCAUUGUUGUUGACCCGAAAGGAUGGAAGAUUAAGAAAGAUAAGAAAAGACGAAAGAUUUAAUUUGAAUAUUGGAGAUGAUAUUCGAGUUUACUACGCGUUGCGAUAUGGUAGCGAAGAAUUUUCAAUUGAUCUUGUGUCUUGGGAGUAUGAGAAGGAGAUGUUUGAUUAUCCUCCCAGCAAAGCAGCAGCAUGGAAGGGGUCGAUUAGAAGCACAAGCGACAAAAAUGGGCAGUACACCAGCUUUCCCUUGAACCACAUUGUGAGGUUCAACAAGUUGGGGUUUGUGCAGUUGGGAGGAUUUGCCGAUGGAAGAAGCAUACCCAGUGGAAAGUACAAGCUCUUGAUCCGUUGCUUGAGAGUGUUUGGAGACAAAUUCAGGGCCGAGGACUGGCAGCUCUUCCUCUCCGACAGUUUUUCUGUUGGGCAACAGGAUGUUAUUCAGAAACGUGCUCCAAAAGAAGCUCGCGACGAGAACGUUUGUUCCUGUGCUGCCAUUUCUGGCAGCAGUUCUAAAACCAGGUCUAGACCUGACUCCAGAACCAGCACUGCGGGUUCAACAACAAUCUUGUCACCCCACCGCUAUGGGUGCUGA